AUGGCCGGUGAGGCAGGAAAGGCCCGAACCGUGCUUCUGGCCACAGAGAAGGCUUUUGCUGCUGGGGCUGUUGGGAAGAUUGAGAGCGUUGUCAAAGAGGCAAACUACACCUUGAAGAAGCUAGAGAACUACAAGUCCAAGGAUGACUUGCUCGCAGCGGUGGCUGGUGUCGAUGCCAUGAUCAUCCGAAGCGAUAUUGUGGAUCAGGCGGUUUUGGACAAGGCGGACAAGCUCAAGAUUGUUGUUCGAGCCGGUGCUGGCUACGACAACAUUGACCUCAAGGCUUGCGAGGCCAAGAGCGUCACGGCCAUGAACACACCUGGCCAGAAUGCCAAUGCAGUAGCGGAGCUCGUAUUCGGCAUGAUGAUCGUCAGCGCUCGGAACAAUUUUGAUGGCACCAGCGGCUUCGAACUUGUCAACCGCGAGAUCGCCUUCUACGGUUUUGGAGCCGUUGCCCGCGCCGUGCACAAGCUGGCUGUCGGCUUUGGCAUGAAAAGCUUCGCAUACGAUCCUUACAUUCCUGCAGACAAGAUUAAGGAGAUGGGCGCCGAGCCCGUGUCUUCGGUGGCAGGGCUCUUUGACCACCAGUAUGUCUCCCUGCACGUGCCUCUGACUGAUGAGACCAAGGCGUCCAUCAACAAGGAGUUGCUCAUGAAGAUGCCUAAGGGCGGUUCCCUCAUCAACACAGCACGCACCGAGGUGGUUCACGAGGCUGACAUGAUCGAGGUCCUGAAGACACGAACGGACUUCUGCUACCUGUGCGACGUAGCUCCCAAAGACAUCGAGCCGUACAAGGCUGCCGUCGGUGACAAGUACGGCAAGCGUCUGAUCUUCACCAAGAAGAAGAUGGGAGCUCAGACUGCAGAGGCCAAUGACAAUGCUGGCGUGGCUGCAGCGAACCAGAUCGUCGGCUUCUUCGAAAAAGGUGAGACCCGCUUCUCUCUGAAGGCUUGA